ACUAACGCAGAAAUAUCUAGCGCAAAAAGUUCCCAACAACCAUGGAAGUUGAAGAAGUACUCGACAUAGAAACACUGCUGUUCCUUGUAUUUGUUCUGCUGUAUGCCGUCAUUUUCCUCUUCAUCAGAGGACGAAAACUGAAGAACGAGAAUGUCAAACUUCGCCAAGUCAAUGCAGAACUGGCGGCCUAUACUCAGGAGCGCCCCCUCGUGAUUUCUCCAGAUAAGUGCACCCAUUGUGGUAGAGUGACUCCGCAUACGGUGUGGAUGAAACUAGAAAUGCAGGACUUGAAGAAACUAAACUACCUUCUUCGCACGUGCGUCGAGGCAAGAGAACCAAAAACAAGUAAUCUUCUAAACGAAAUCACGUCACUACAAGACAUAAACCGUUCCUUGAACACGAGUGCAAACGAGUUGUUGAACAACGAAGACGAUUUGAGGGUAGAAAACAUGCAGCUUUGGGCGGAGGUACUUCAACUUGAGACCACGCUGGAGGAAAAAGAGCUCGCCAUUCGCAAACUGCGGAUUACCGUUCGAGAGCAGAGAGAGUUAGCAUCCGAUUUGGAACACAGCCUGAUGGUUGCACUGGACGAGCUUCAUCACCAAAAGAAGCAGCGCCACAAAGAAACGAAACGAAAGACCUCACCUACUAAAACUCGCAAAGAACUAAAACAAAAAGACCCACUCUCUGUGGUACAAAAUGCAAAAGAGGAGAGAGAGAAGAUGGAGCAGUGUUUAGAGGACGAGAGAGACAGGCUACGAUGUGCAGUUUGCCACGAUGAAGACAGAAGAAUCUUGCUUCUUCCGUGUAAACAUUUUGUUCUGUGUGGGAAGUGUUGGGGAGGAGUGAGCCGCCGGGUCAGGCGUACCUGCCCCAUCUGUAACUCCACCGUUACCGACGCCAUGACCAUCUUUCUGUCAUGAUGGUACUGUAGCGCCAC